AUGGGUAUCGUUUUGACCGUCUCGUGCUACAUUGCCUCGUUCUCACCGUCGAUCGCGCUAUUCUACUCGUUCAUCGCUCAUGAUCCAGUUCGAAUCAUAUUGUUCUUUUUGGGAUCAUUCUUCUGGCUUGUCUCACUUCUAAUAUCAUCGCUAGCAUGGUUGGGACUGUCUACAGUACUCCCAAACACAUUUUUAAUAUCGUUGGGCGUUUGUAUCGUUGCUCAGGAGCUCUCGCGAGUCGCCUAUUUUAUGCUGUUGAAGAAGGCGCAAAAAAAACUCGGGAAUUUUCGACUAGACCUAAAUCCCCCUUUUUCCAGAGGCCUCAACAAAAUCACGCGUCACGGUCAAAUCUCGGUGGCUCCGGGCGUCAGUGACCUACACAACGCUCGUCACAUGUUGGCACUAGUCUGUGGCCUCGGAAUGGGCGUCAUCUCGGCUCUUUUCUACACAAUGAACGCGUUUGCCACAUUCGCCGGACCCGGUACCAUCGGCCUACCGAUGGCACUCGAAACGGGACACAUUGAUUCGAAUCGAGCCGGAAAGUAUCUUCCACUGUGCUACGUUCUAUCUGCGAUCCUUCUGACACUGUUCCACGUGGCAUGGACCAUCAUGGUUUGGGAUACGUGCCACAAAAUUGGCCGGUUUCCAACGGCCUUUGUGCCAGGCGCCGCUGCCGUUGUAUCGCAUCUUUUUGUGGCGUUUUUGAGCUCCCUAAACUCGCGCGGCUUCUACAUCCUCGUCUUCUCCGUUCAAUUCCUGGUCCUCCUGAUCUGCAUUGCCUACUGUAACGUCAUCAUGGGCGGCACGAUUCAAUCGUUCGUCACCGCCAUCGGCCAGUCGUUCGUCGACGCGUUCACACUGAAACAAAUUCGCAAUUUUGUGGAGGAGCGAAAAAUGCGAACGCAGCAGAGACAGGCGGUACCGGAUGAGCCGAUGACGGAGAGGGGCGGAGCCUCAGAUGAGCCGGGAACUUCGAAUACUGUUGAUGCUUAA